UGUUGUUUGUAUAAAUACUCUGGUAUUAAUCAUAUUGUCUACUCUUAGAUAAGAUGCUUUUUUUUUGUUUAUAGUCAGUUUCAGAUACUCAAUUGCUAGGAGAUAUUCUACUAACCACAUUAAAAAGAUUUAGACUAAUUCCAUCGAUUGAUUACAAAACAGAAUAACUUUACUAAGAAUGGAAAAUACUGUCAAAAGGACAAACAAAUGCACAGGUGGAAACAGACUUUUGAUAAUAGGAAUACUUGUGUUUAUAUCUACCACAAUGAUAAUGACAGGUUUAUUUAUCAGUUUAAAAAUAAAAAGUGACGAGAAAGUGGAACAAUGUUCUCUGCCAUGCACAAAUGGUGGGACUUGCAAAGUGUGCGGAAAUGCAUAUGUAUGUGAUUGUCCAUCAAACAGCCUUGGAAGCCUAUGCCAAUAUACAUGUGAUAUUGGAUGGUCUUUGUACGAGACAACAUGCUUCAACAUCAGUACACUCUCACUCAGUUGGAACCUUGCUAAGGAUUCUUGUCGAUCCAUGGAUGGGAGGCUUGCUGAACAGAUAACAGAGGGAAAACAUGCAUUUAUUCAACAGCUUGAUGUUGAGAUACAUGGGACAGCAAUAGACUGGUUGUGGUUGGGAGGAACAGACAUGGAUAGUGAAGGAAAUUGGAUCUGGAACGAUAGUAAAAAAACAUUGAAUUUAACCUUUUGGAGACCUGGUGAACCCAACGACGCAGGCAGUGAAGAUUGUUUGGCUACUCAUACUGGCGUUUGGAAUGACAUUCCUUGCACAGCUGAAAAACAAUUUGUUUGUGAAAAAUCAAUUGCUACUUGACAGGAACACAUCAACCAGGACAACGAAUGUUUGCAUGUUUACAUCAUAACUUUGAACAAGUGGAUUGUUUGUUUUCGUGUUGUUGUUUUUCGUCUUUACAUAAAGUUGUUUUUCAAAUAAAAACCAAUCACGACA